AUGGCUGCGCUCACCGCCGGCUUUGCCAUCCUCCUCAUCCUAAACACUCUGUCAUUCCCCUUCGCCACCGCGUGGUGCAGCUCCUGCCCCUCACCGAGCCCCCCUAAGAAGCCGCCGACGCCGCCGAGCCCCAGCAACGGAGGCGGCAAGUGCCCCAUCGACGCCCUCAAGCUGGGAGUGUGCGCCGACGUCCUGGGUGCCCUCCUCAACGUCACGCUGGGGAAGCCGCCCAAGGAACCCUGCUGCCCCCUCCUCUCCGGCCUCCUCGACCUCGAAGCCGCCCUCUGCCUCUGCACUGCUCUCGAUCUUAAUCUUCUAGGGGCGCAUCUCAACGUUCCCCUCGACCUCAGCCUACUACUCAACUACUGCGGCAAGAGAGUCCCCAAAGGCUUUCAGUGCCCUUGA